CAUAUUUAAGACAAAUAACUUAACAUAAGAACGAACUAUGAAUACCGGCCGGAGUGAACUUAUUCUUGGACGUUGUUGGUUAAUGUUCUAGAAUUCGAAUAAUCAUUUUACGCACGGAUUCGCAUUUAUUCGUGAAAAGUCGUGAAGAUUAUGUUACUGAUGUAUAAUUUGUACAAAAGAUACAACAGUGUUCUCUAGUCGAUUUAUAUUUCAACGAAAGCAAGAGCUGGUUCGGCGGAAAAUGCACGAGGACAAUUGUUGCGUCUAGCAUAACAGAAUCCGGAGAACUCAGUAGUCGGCACCUUUCAACGCACAAAAGUUUACAAUUGAAUAUAAUUUAUUUAUAAAAUGGCUGGUAAUUUUUGGCAAAGCUCGCACCACCAACAGUGGCUACUGGAUAAGCAAGACUUGGUUAGGGAACGUCAACAUGAUUUGUCGAUAUUAUCGGAAGAGGAAUAUCAGAAAAUAUUUAUUUUCUUCUCUAACAUGAUACAAGUACUAGGUGAACAAUUAAAAUUGAGGCAACAAGUGAUAGCUACCGCAACAGUUUACUUUAAGAGAUUUUAUGCUCGUAAUAGCUUGAAAUGCAUAGAUCCUUUAUUAUUAGCUCCUACUUCGGUCUUUCUAGCGUCAAAGGUAGAAGAGUUCGGAGUAAUUUCUAAUAGUAGACUGAUUACAAUAAUGGGAACUGUAGUUAAAAACAAAUUUAAUUACGCGUACACUCAAGAAUUUCCAUAUCGUACAAAUCAUAUUUUAGAAUGUGAAUUUUAUCUUUUGGAACACUUGGAUUGUUGUUUAAUAGUAUAUCAGCCAUACCGUCCCUUGUUAACGUUAAUCCAGGAUGUGGGACCAGACGAUCAGUUACUUACACUUGCAUGGCGUAUCAUUAAUGAUAGUCUUAGAACGGAUGUAUGUUUAUUGUAUCCACCUUAUCAAAUAGCUAUUGGUUGCCUGCAAAUAGCUUGCGUGAUAUUACAAAAGGAUCUCAAAUCGUGGUUCGCGGAAUUAAAUGCGGAUAUGGAAAAAAUUCAAGAAAUAGCACGGUACAUAAUAAACUUGUACGAGCUGUGGAAGAGGUACGACGAAAAGAAUGAGAUUCAAGGUUUACUAGCGAAAAUGCCAAAGCCGAAAGCGGCGCCGCAGCGUUGACAUCAAUCUCUCCCAUCACCAAACGUUUGAGACUCGUGCUAAACACUUUAACGAAAAAAAAAACAGUUUUUUCUCUCUCUCUCUCUCUCCUCUCUUGUGUAUCGCUAUUAAAGAUAGAGCUGACAACGAAUAUCAUUUUGCAUUUACAUGAUGCGUUUUAUCCAUACCAUAGGAUAUGUCUACGAAUAUUAUUUUUAUUUUGUACAUUUGAUGUUUGAUGUAGCUCGCAGCUAGGAAUCGCAAGUACCAGAUGAUUCAAAUUGUUGCUGAAUCGAAUUAAAAUUUUCUUCGUUAAGUGUACAA